AUGGAAGUGCGGCUGUACGCCCGGCCGCCGGCCAAGACUUUCCGCGGCGCUUUCCAGAGCCUCUUCCAGAGCGUGCGCGAAGCCUUCCACAGCCCCGGCGCGGCGCGAGAGGAGCCCGGCCCCAGCAGCCACCCGCCGCCCGCCGCCGCCGCCUCCACUUUGCCGGCAGCGGCAGCAGCAGCAGCAGCCAGCCCGGCGGAGCAGCAGCAGCCCGGCGGCGCCCCGUCGCCCACCUACCUGCCGCUGGAGCAGCCGCCGCCGGCCGGCAAAGGGCUGCAGCAGCCGCCCGAAGAGCGGGACCCUCUCCCGGCGGCCGCCAGCGCCGCUUCCUCGGCGGCUUCGCUGGCCCUGCUGAGCCCUCCCGCGUUCCAGGGCUGCGCCGCGGACCUGAAGGACUUCCUGGGCGAGAGCGGCGCCGGCGGCGGCGGCACCGGCAGCAGCCCCCUGCCGCUCCUGGCCCCCGACGCCGAGGGCCCGCCGCCGCCGCCGCCGCCGCCGGGGGGAAAGGAGGGCUUGCUGGGCGAGAGCGCCAAGGAGCUGUGCAAAGCCGUCUCGGCCUCCAUGGGCCUGGCGCUGGAGGCGCUGGAGGCGCCCGGCGCCGACCUCCUGCCCACCCGCGGCGACUGCAUGUUCGCGCUGCCCGGCGUGCACCCGCGGCCCCUCGCGCUGGGCGCCUGCAAGAUCGUCGAGGGCCCGUCGUCGUCGGAGGGCGCGCUGGCCGUGGACGUGGCCAGCCCGCUCAGCCUCUACAAGAGCUCGCCGGAGCUGGACGAGGCCGUGGCGGCGGCGGCGGCGGCGGCCGGCCAGGGCCGCGACUUCUGCGCCUUCCCGAUGGCGCUGGGGCCCCCCGGGCGCAUCAAGCUGGAGAGCCCGCUGGACUACGCGGCGGCCGGCGGCGUGUGGGGCGCGCAGUGCCGGCGCGCGGGGGACCUGGCCGCCCUGGCGCCCCACUACGCCACCCCGCCCUGGCACCCCUUCUUCGCCGACGACGGGCAGCCCUACGCGCCCGGCCCCAGCUCCGCCGAGGGCCUGGCGCCCGGCCCCUUCGCCUACGCCAGGAGCCCCGCGCCCUCCGGCCAAGAGGGCGCCGAGCUGCCCGCCGAAGUCUGGUACCCGGGCGGCGUGGUGGGCAGGCUACCCUUCGCCCCCGCCGCCGGCUGCAUCAAGACCGAGCUGGGCCCCUGGCUGGACGGCUACGCCGGGCCCUACGCCGACGUCAGGUUGGAGUCUGCCAGGGAGCACGUGCUGCCCAUUGACUACUACUUCCCGCCACAGAAGACGUGCUUGAUCUGUGGGGACGAGGCUUCUGGGUGCCACUAUGGAGCGCUCACCUGCGGAAGUUGCAAGGUCUUUUUCAAAAGAGCCGCUGAAGGUAAACAGAAAUACCUCUGUGCGAGCCGAAAUGACUGCACCAUUGAUAAGUUCAGAAGAAAAAACUGCCCUUCCUGCCGCCUCCGAAAAUGCUACGAAGCAGGGAUGACCCUUGGAGCCCGAAAACUGAAGAAACUUGGCAAUCUGAAACUUCAGGAGGAAGGGGAAGCUGCUGGCCCUUCGAGUCCCACGGAGGAGCAGGGCCCAAAGAUGACCAUGACCCGCAUCGAGAGCCUGGAGUGCCAGCCAAUCUUCCUCAAUGUCCUGGAAGCCAUCGAGCCGGGCGUGGUGUGCGCAGGCCAUGACAACAACCAGCCCGACUCCUUUGCAGCCCUGCUGACCAGCUUGAAUGAGCUCGGCGAGAGGCAGCUGGUGCACGUGGUGAAAUGGGCAAAGGCCUUGCCAGGAUUCCGCAACCUGCAUGUCGAUGACCAAAUGGCGAUCAUUCAGUACUCCUGGAUGGGCCUGAUGAUUUUCGCUAUGGGAUGGAGGUCAUUCACUAAUGUGAACUCCCGAAUGCUGUACUUUGCUCCAGAUUUAGUCUUCAACGAGUACCGGAUGCACAAAUCCAGAAUGUACAGCCAGUGUGUCAGGAUGCGGCAUCUGUCUCAAGAGUUUGGAUGGCUUCAGAUCACUCCCCAGGAAUUCCUCUGCAUGAAAGCUCUGCUCCUCUUCAGUAUUAUUCCAGUGGACGGCCUGAAGAAUCAGAAAUUCUUUGAUGAACUUCGGAUGAACUACAUCAAGGAACUCGAUCGUAUCAUUGCUUGCAAGAGGAAGAAUCCCACAUCCUGUGCUCGACGGUUCUACCAACUCACCAAACUCCUGGAUUCUGUGCAGCCUAUUGCUCGAGAGCUGCAUCAGUUUACAUUUGACCUCUUAGUGAAGUCCCACAUGGUCAGCGUGGACUACCCAGAAAUGAUGGCUGAGAUUAUUUCUGUGCAAGUCCCCAAGAUCCUCUCUGGAAAAGUGAAGCCCAUCUACUUUCACAGCCAAUAACGGAAAGGGGGCGAAGAGCCAGCCUCUGUUCCCCCCCCCCUCCCCCCCGCCACACGGAUAUUCUUUCAGUCAUUGCCUGCCUGUUCUCUCUGCACUACCGCACUGCAGUGCCUUUGAAUGUUGCCUCUACAAAGACAUGCAGCAAUGGAACACAACCUGCUGGGAUCUCUGGACUUCUGGAUUCAGUUUUUUCUCCUCCUAGGCCUAUCCUGCACCUGGGUUUUGUGCCCCGGCUUUUGCUCCUAUUUUGAAUGGCGUCCCCCCUCCCCCCAGUUGUUGGGGAAGGAAGUUGAGGCACAGUGACAAUAUGGCAUGAUGCCAAGUGACAUUUGUUUACAUGCUUGCACUUGUGUAUUUUCCACCAUGAUUUUUGUGGCCUUUUGUGCUUUGAAAUACACACACAAACACGCACAUCUCACUUUAGUCGUUGUUGCUGUGGUUGUUAUUCUUUUUUUAAAAAAAACAAAGUGACAAGCAAGUUAAAAUAGAAAAAAAGCAUAUUGGGAGAAGGUCAAUUUUUCUUGCUGACCUUGUUUUUCUCGCUGGGGCCGUCCUCCUCUUCAAGAUGCAGGAGGGUUUCUUUAGCGAAUGUGAGAUCAGAACACACAUGACACCAAAAAUCAGUCCAGAAGAUUGUAACAAUUUCAGAACAAACCAACAGACAAUGAAAAGACCUCUUUUUGCAGCUGCGGGCAUCACGCCAGCCCGGCACCUGUAAGCGUGUGCCUGUCCAUCUGGGGCCAUGUUGUAUUUGCAUGCCAGGAAAGCCCCAGGCCCCCUUGUUGUGCCAACUAUGCAUGGAGAGCCAUGUACCUGCUGCUCAGACCAGCAACACCGACCCCUCAGCCUCCUGACAGACUCACCACCCUGUUCCUGCCUGCAGUGCUGAGUGCUGCCCCACCAGGGCCAGACAGGCCUCUCUGUUGGCUUCGGGAUUUGUGCAGCACCAUUUCGUUGGCGGGGGAAGUGCCUGAUCUGCCCCAGGGCUCUUGGCUCAUCAAGAAAACAAUCAAACCAACCAACAAAACAGAAGAGCUUGAGAGUUGCCAGUGCCCGAAAGACUACGGGGGAUUGUUUUUUCUUCUGUGGACCACGAGUUGAAACUAAAGAUUGCCCAGUGACUGAUCACAUUCCAUAUCGAUCACUUUCUCCUUCACAUUGUGAAAGGAAGUGCUCUCUUGAGAAAACCAGCCUUUAGUUCUGAGUGCCAUCUGCCUUUCUUAUCCUUCUUACCUGUGCUGCCAGCCUACGUCUGAGGCCUUCACCCCCUGGUGCCUCCUGCUCAGCUAAGCUCACCUGGAGACACCUCCUUGCUUGACCUGUUCUUUCAGAAAGUAACAAGUGGAGUUCCCAGAAUCAAAGCAAAAAGAGGACUCCGAGACUCCUGAGGAACUACAUAGCAUUUUGUCCUAACCCACUCCACUAGGGAGUGUUUUAAAAAAAUGGCAUAAGUUUCCUGGUGCAUUGAGAGAAAGGGUCACUUGGGGCUCUUUCCCCUAACUGCAAUUUUUGUUAGAUAUUAACUGAGACUGCCCUUCCCACAGGGCUGUUGCCUCCUUUGUCGUGAAGCAGAAUUCUCACAUUCUCAUGACUCUGCAUGAGAGUUUGUGUGGCCGUUGACCAUGGAAUGCCGCAGGCUGACGCAAAGAAUUCUAGAGCAAGAAAACUUUAUGGUCAGCAGGCCAUCUUGGGAUGUUCAAGAUUCCUUCAAGGGCGGAAAAGUAUAAAAAAAUUUUUUUUUUAAUCAGUGAUUUGAGACACCCUGUUGAACAGCUCAGUUUAAUGUGCUAAAACACAUUGGUUCUCAUAAGAACCACAUUUAUAUACAUAUAUGAUGUUGUUUUUUUAAAAAAAGUCCCCAAAAAGAAAACACCUUUUUUGCCAUCUCUGGGAAAUAUCAACACACAGCCAGUUGCCUGACCCAAGCACGGCCCUCCACUCGCCCGUUAUCUUUAAGCAGCAAAGUUUGUGUCUUGCCAUGUCUGGGGAAGGGGAGCUCCACCCACGGCAGUUUCAGCUGCCUCUUCUCUUCAGUGACAAUCUGAUUCGUUGGCUUCUUCCUUGCAAGCUCCCAGGGUAAUCAGAAGUAACUACCCAGCGUUCUCAGUUAGUCGUUGUUGUUAAAAUGACCAUUGCCCCCACCCCACCCCAGCCAUGGUCACAUAAUCUAAUUUGCACAGGUUUUUUUGAGUAUCCAACUAGCUGCCAUCUGUGCUGUAUUUUCCAAUAGCCAAUGGCUGACCACCUUAGCUGGGUAAUUGCAUUGUUCUGGAAAGUCUUGCUUGGGCUUCCUCAUACACGGGGAGAGACAUAUGGAGAUGACAGUACAGCCUUGUGGACCAGAUGGGACAUGUGCUGGCUGUUUGAUGCCCACUUUCAAAGUCAGCAGCAGAGGUAACCAGCACAUCACUUUUUGAAGCAUUCACAGCUUGAACUGAACACAGGUUUUAUAUUACCUCUAUUGCAGAAGAAUUUGCUAGUUGGAAGCUGCCAGCAUCCCUUGUUGGGAUGGGGUGGGUGGGAGAGUCCAGCAUGAGAUACAAACAUUAAUGGUUCUGUUGUUGAAACCAAAUGUGGAGAAUAGCAUACUUUCUGGCUCAAUAAGCUGCAGUGUGUGAAGAGGAGAGAGAGGAAUAUAGAGAAUGAGUAGAGCCUGCAAAAGGAUGUACCCCCCCCUCCCUAAACAUUCAAUCUUUUUUUUAAGACAAAAAAGCAGCCUCCUCAAUCUGAAUAUGCCCAUUUAUGCCAGAAAAGGUGGCACAAUUGCCUCCAGCACCCUAAAGCAAGAGGUGGCAUUGCUGGGCCAUGAAGCAGGCAACUUCUGCAUAGGAGGACAUUGCUUCGGGCCUGCAGGAGAAGCCACAAUAAGUGCGCCAGAGGAGGGGGCCGCAGGGGUUUUUGUUCUUCGUAGCUCUGAUAGAUUUAUGCAGCUGCUCUUUCUGGACCCACCCCUUCCUCUCUACCAUCAAGCUCUCGUGGCGCUGAAGAGGUCAGACAACCUGUGGAUGGUUGGAGCACAGCUACAUUUGGAAGAGUCUCUGAAUGAUCCAUUUAAAACACAUAUAUUGACAACAAUGUAAAUAUGGGGUGGGGGGGGUUGAACGAUUUACUUUCUUCAGUUUACUUACAUGGUUGCUGCUGCGGCCAUUUAAAAGAAAAAAAUCUGGGGAAAUGUCUUAGCCCUCUGUUCUGGUUUUCAAUUAUGCCUUGUGAAAGCAGAAGGGGCAUCUACCCAGGCAAAGGCUUCUUAGGACAGAGGCCUGUUGAUAUUUUUGCCUUUUGGUUAGAAGCAAAGAAAGGUUGAGUGUUUGGCUCUGGCUGAGUGGGCCCUCCCCAAUACACAUACUCCUAACAUCUGCACUUAAAGAUGCCUUCUGUGAAUCUGUAUUUCUUUGGUGUCCUCUGUGUCUUUUGGAAGCCUGCGCCAUCAUCUAAGUGGGAGUCCUCAGACUCCACCUUGACUUCACAGACCUUUUCUGGGAAGGCCCCUCGUGAAGCUGUGCUUGGUUUUUUUGUCCCCUUGCAGUCUCUCUCCAGAAUUGUGUUGCUGAUGUUGUUGCCAAAGAAUGAUUGUUGUAAAAGCCAAGACUUUUUUCACAAAUCACAAGGACUAUAAGCAAAAAGAAAGAAGGCCAUUCUUUGCAUUGAAGCUUGUGGGGAUGAAAGGAUCAUGGAUCUACCAUGUGUGUCCAUUGGGGGGGGGGGGUUCUCUCUCUCUUGCCUGUAGAUCUGAUUGUGUGGCUGUGAACUCUGCCCCCACCCUCAGAGUGCCCAGAGCUGUGGAUGACGUCUGCUGAGGAAGGGGCUGCACUUUGGUUUAAAGGGACAUGAUUUGCACUAAAGGGAUGGCCAAGAGACCAGCCCAUUUCUGCUCCCUUUCAAUAGCAUGAAGGUUCUCUGUGCAUGUGAUAUGUGCAGGUUGUCAAAAAUAUUUUUGUGAACGGAUGAUGGCCACUUCAGUGUGUGUGUGUUUUGUGGGGCCAUACCUUCAUGGGAUUCUUUGCUUGAACAGUAACCAGACUGCUGAAUGCACAGACACACCCAGUUUUGCGACCUACAUGUUGCUCCUUGAAAUAGAGCCCCCAAGGAUGCUUCGGAUCAGAGAAGGGAGGGGUGGAGACACCCGGGGGAUGUGAUGAGCUGAAAAGAAGCAUCUUCCGGGUGUUGUGGAGCCCUGAUUUGCUCACAGUGCAAUCCUACGUUGAGUUCCAGCCUUCUAUGGACGCUGACUAGAAGGGGCUUAGAUGGGUGUAACUCGAGAUUGCGCUGGUUGCUUUCCAAGGCCUGGGCGGUGGGGGGCUGCUCAGCACACAUCUUUUGCUCCCCAGUUGCAGGAAGCAGCAGAGGGUUCUUGCCUUCAUGUCUGGUGGAACCCAGAAAGGGUGUCGGGGUCGGCACUUCUCUCACCCAGGAGAAGCUGGCAGGGAUUUCUUGGUGCAGGUGGUGGACCGUUUUGGAGAGUUUUCAGAGCUGUUUUCUGUGUCCUGCUGAACUUUUUGUGCUCUAAGGGGAGAUGGUGGCACCUUUUAAACAAAAAAAAUGUUUUAUUUGUUAGUUUGUUUGCAUCGUUUAAAAAAAUAUCUUCACAUGCAUACAUUUUUAUUUGUGAGAUGGGGAUAUCUGGGAGAGGGUGGGUGUGACAUGUGCCCGCACGCGCGUGUGUGUAAGGGGGUGGGGGGUUGUCUGUUUAAGGAGCGAAGUAGAAUGGUAAGUUUUCAGUUGUCUUCAUGCAGCCAAAUAAAUUUGUGAAACUAUGAAAUCUCAAAAUCAGCAAGGCAGCUGAAGUGUAUCAUAUGUAGACAAUUUCAUAAGUUGGGGUGUGGGUUUUUGUUUUUUGCUUCUCUCAGCUUCGAGGGCUAUUGUACAAAUUCCAACCGUAGCAGCAGAUCCCCUCUGCUCUGCUGCGGCCCCAGCCUGGUGAAGGGCAGCCGGCCUCCUGCUGUGCUCCUUAGAGACCGUUGUGGUUCUCCUGAUUGUCCACACAGAAGUGUGGCUUUCAGACAGUUGCCUCUAUCUUGUGGUGCCAAACAGUAGCCGCAAGUUCUCCUGCUGUCAUGGAUGGGGGAGCUUUGGGUGGGCCUCAGUAGAGCCAGCCUGGGACUUGGCAGAAGGACACCUGGAUGGAGCUGUUGGGUGCAGUCACCUGGGAACAGCUGCUUCAUUGAAAGGCUUCAUUGAAAGGAGGAGACUUGGACAAGGAUGUUCCCUGGUGCACUGCACCCUUGGAAAUCAAAGCACUCCAUCUCCAAAAGCUAGAGUCCCCCCCCCCCCAAAAAAAACCCUGUGUUGAGUUGCAUUCACUUAGACUUGGCAAGAAACCAGGACAUGUGGGUGGGGUACAGUGAGGCAUCGCAUCACACAGGAGAGUCUGAGACAAAACCUUGGUUCCUCACUGGCCAUCGCUGGACCUGGGGUGGGGUGGGGGGGACAUCACCUGCUGUACUUAAAGCUCCUUUUUUGUAAUCUUGGAUUCUCUGGAUGCUCCAGUUAUAAUUAUAAUAAUAAAACUUUGUUGGAAUAGA